CGACUUCAAAUAAGCAUCUAUGUCGUCACAUAGUUUGCUAGAGAUGCUCUGGCUGGUGGUCAGUGUGGGACUCGUGGUCUCAUGCUGUGCUUCGUAUGGUCAUGGCUGGGCUCCGCUAGGUGGUGGUCUGGCAAGAACAAGUGACGCCUCAACUCGGUCGACAUCAACUCCGUCAAUGGCAUCGUCGUCGUCAACGGCAGAACCUCUGGUUCAUCUCCGCUGCUUCAGCUACUUUAACCUCAACACAGGCCCAGGAAGAGCUCUCAAUGCUGCUGUGGAUCGGUGGAACAGUCGGAUCAAUGCUACGUCGUCGAUCUCCUUCCACAAUCUGGGCGUUCCAGACUCGGCUGGCUACCUUCAUUGGGUUGAUGCCCUUGGCGCGCCGGACAUCAUCCCGUUCUACGGCUCUGGCGGCGAGCUGGACCUCAUGGACAAGGGUAAGUACGUCAAUCUCGACGAGAUCUGGGCCAAUGCCGCCUUUGAUGGCGAUGUGCUCGAGGCUGCUCGCACUGCUGUCACCGCCAAGACCCAUCCGUCGGUCUACGGCAUCCCGCUUGCAGGCGACACCCACGUCUGCGUCUACUCCAAGUCGCGAUGGGCCGCCGCAGGCCUCUCGCCGCCAGAGACGUGGUCGCAGCUCAAGGAGGUGUGCCAGGUCUGGACGGCGCUCGGGCGCCCGUGCAUUUCGCACGCCAUGCCUCGGUGGAUGGGCUUUCCACCCACAGUCUACUUUGACUAUCUCUUCAUCCGCAUGUAUGGCAACGAGGUCUACUCGCAGUUUAUGUCCGGCUCUGUGCCUUUUGGCGACCCCCGCAUUCUCGACGUCCUCGAUGUUCUCGCCGACGUCGCCGCCUUGUACAUGAGCGGCGAUCCCGCCACCGGCUACACCGACCUGUACUACGCCGAGUCGCUUGACGGGCCCCACACGGCCUUUUCUGCGGCUUUGAGGUUGCGUCCAUCAUUCCGCAGAUCCGCGGCUCCAUGGUCUCGUCGGACCUCGGUGCCUUUCGCUUCCCGGUCUACGACGGCCCAGUGAAGCACGCCGUGCCCGCCACUGCCCGCACAGACGGCGAGCUCGGUAUCAUCCAGAUCGCGGCUGUGCCCGCAAACUCUAUAUACCCUCACCACUCCCUGGAGUUUAUGGACUACAUUGCAUCACCGGAAGAGCAGGCUGUUGCCAGCUCCUUCUUCGGCAUCUCCGGCUACCCUGUUCGUCCCUCACUCGCCCACACUAUCGCUUCCGAGCGCGUCCGUGUCGGCUACAACGCCACUCUCUCGUCAGGCACUCUCUUGGAGCGCUCCAUGACCGUCACUGGUUUCCCCAGUGUCUUUGACGCCUGGAACGCCCUGCUACUCGAGGUCCAGUUGCAAAAUGACUCGGUCCUCGCCCGCAAUAUCUACACCGCCCGCCUGCCACAGAUCGAGGCCCUACGCCUUGCUGCUGUCCUCGCCCAGACCGCCGCGCCGACUGCCGACCCGCCGCCAGGCUCUUACACCAAGGUCUUUCUCGUCACACUCUCCACCCUCACCCCGGACGCCAUCAUCUUUUACACCACGGAUGGCACCACCCCCUCGCGCCGCUCGGCCGUCUUCUCGGAUGGCGUUCAGCUCGCGAUUGACGGCAACACCGUCAUCCGCGCGGUCGCUCUUGGUGAAGGACUACGACUUUCAAGCGAAGUCCGUGCAGAGUACCGACUCACGCUCCACCGCCCCGCGCCGCCGCUGGCGGUGGCGACCUCGGUCUCCGAGUCCAAGACCAUGCUCGCACUUGCGAUUGUGCUUCCGCUCGUUGCAACAGCCAUUAUCGCGGCGGUUAUCGUGGGCUGGGUCGUCUACCGCCGCAAGACAGUGACGUACCGGCUGGCGUCCGACUCGGACCUGGUCAUCGCCGAGGACGACAUUGCAGUGGGCGAGGCGGUGGGCAUCGGCUCAUUCGGCACGGUAUACACGGCACGGUGGCGGGCAACCGACGUGGCGGUGAAGCGGAUGCACAACCACGAGCUGAAGCCGGGCACGCUGCGCAAAUUUGUGGACGAGGCGACGAUGCUUGUCCGACUCCGGCAUCCCAACAUUGUGAUCUUCAUGGGUGUGACGAUCGAGCCGCCGGGCAUUGUGACCGAGUUUAUGGAUCGCGGGUCGAUGCACGAUGUGAUCCACAAUGCCGAGCUGUUCCUGCACCCGUCGAUGAUCUUCAAAUGGGCACACAACAUGGCACAAGGCCUGCACUUUCUGGCGCACGCUGGGGUGGUCCACGGUGACUUCAAGUCGCUCAACGUGCUGUUUGACGCAUCGUGGAUGCCCAAGAUUUGCGACUUUGGGCUUUCGUCUGUCCGGCCGACAGCGGCGCUAGUGCCAACCGCCAGCGCUGCAAUCGAGCAGUCUCGCCGGAUGAGCAAUCGAGUCGCGCCGUCCCAGUCGCUCUCAGUUGCUGCAGCGAGCGCGUCCAUCUCGCGGAUGCCGAUGUCUGCUCGCGUGGGCGCGGCGUCGCAUGGCAGCAUCUCCAUGGGAUCGAUGAGGCUACCCGCAACUUCCAUAUCGACUCGCGCCGCACCUACACCCCAAAUUGCCACUGCCACGACAGGCACGCUAUUCUGGACGGCACCCGAAGUGCUCGACGAGGGCGAGACCGCGCUGUCGACCGCCUCGGAUGCGUAUGCGCUCGGCAUCACCUUGUGGGAGCUCGCAUCGCGAGCCCAUGUCUUUGCUGGCGAGAAUCCGAUCGCUGUCGCGCUCGACGUCAUCAACGGUCGUCGGCCCGACCUCCAGCGCCUCCCUCCGUCGCUUUCCAAGCUGCGAGUCGUCAUGGCUGCGCUUUGGCGAGUUGAGGCAUCCGAUCGCAUGUCACUGACCCAGGCUGAGGCCGAGCUUGGGCGGCUGUACUCGACCGACGCACUCGUCUUCCCGACCACUACGCUCAACCCGUCCGGAACCGUCAUCGCGGUCCAUGUGACACUUGCCGGGUAUGCCAGGCGGUUGGUGAAUGACCCGGAUGCUGAGCACGAGCAGCUGACCACGCUCGACCUCAAAGUGCCCGAGCUGGCACGACUCGCCGGCGGGACAACAGUCUCGCACAAGCUCGGUGCGCUCACGCUCGUCUUUCACCAGCACACACAGCUGACGACGUUCAUCAACCUGAUGGUGGCGCAGACAAGCGAGGGAGCGCCGCAGCUGGCGAUGGUGGCUGCGCGGGCGGACAUCGCGACGUCCAAGGACGCGUUUGGGCAAAAGAGCCUGAGCGGCCCGGUGAUGGACGUACUGGCGGCGACGUGGGAGGUGUGCUUUGGCGGAUUUGCGCUGACAGAAGCCGGGCUCGACGAGGGCCAGCAGGGAAGUCGUGGGCUGUUUGCGCACGGGAUGUUUGUGGUCGGCGAUUUGCAUGCGGAUCUGACCGGGUUGGCUGCUGCCAAGUUCUCGCUCGUCCCGAUCGAGCCGUCGCGAAUGGUCAAAAGUAUGCACUCAUCCGGAGGCUCGCCGUCAACAUCAGCCCAUGCAACCACGUCCAGUGCUGGCGGAACGCAUGUCCACGGCCUAUUCUUAAUCGUGCCACUCCAUGUCCCGCUCGGCCUGAAUACCAUCGCGGACGCAAGCACGACCGAACGCAAUCUGUUGAGCACUACCCGCAAGAGCGCCACCCGAUCGGCUGUCACGCCGCUCGAAGUGUCGUCUUUGUCGUCAUCAUCGGCAGAAAACCCAGAGGGCGGAGAUUACCAGUUGCCCGAGUCAACGUUAUCGGUUGCGCUUGGCAGCCGGACGACUGUAGCGACGGUCAUGCCGGCAAUGCCGCCUCGUCCACAGCCGAGCUGCCAGUGGCUUGUUUCGCGCGAGAACAUCCGCGCCCUCCUCGCGCAAGGUGGCCGGUCGAUGCUGGGCUCAUACGCCAACGUCCACCAUGCGACUUGGCGCGACGAGCCGGUUGUUGUCAAGCUCCUCUUGGUCCAGCCGACCAACGUGUUGGACAUGGUCCGAAUUGCACGCGCUGCAGCAGCAGCCUUCCGGGUCUCGCUCGAGUGCCGGGGCGAGGCGCUCGGGCCGAUUGGGCUCUGCAUGGCUCCGCCAAUGUGCAGUGUCAUCUACCACCGCACCGGCGACGGAACGCUCGCCGACGCGCUCGGACAUACAGCGGACAACGACUGUGACGUCGACCUCGAGAUCCACGACAACAAGCGGACAAUCAUCCGCGAACUUGUCGGUGCCCUGCACACCCUCCACGAGCGCGGCUUGAGCGCGCAUGGCGCACUCAAGCCGUCCAACGUGCUGCUGGAGGUGCGCCGGCAACGGGUGCGGUCGAUCAUGCUCACCGACUUUGGCAUGGACGACCUGCGCAACAACAUGGGCACAAUGACCAUGGUGCCGUCGGCCGGCUACACCGCGCCCGAGGUUCUGUGUGGCGGCGAGGCGAGCGCCGCGUCGGACGUGUAUGUUGUCGGCACGCUCGUCUUUGAGAUCCUGACCGGACAAGCGGCGUUUGGUGGGAGCAAUGCCCUCGAGGUGGCGCACCGCAUUGUGUCGGGCUGGCGGCCAGACGUGGACCGCGCUGUGGCCAACGACGUCCUUGCAGACCUGAUUCGGCGAUGCUGGAACCGCGAAACGUCUGCACGCCCGUCAACAAUCCAAAUCAUUCAGGCGCUCGAUUGCGAGUAGCGAGGUCAGUCUUCGGCCUCGCCACGCAUCAGCCGGAGCACCCGCGAAUGGACUGUAAAGAUGAUGGCGGCACCGAUGCCGCACCGCA